CAAUGACUACAAAGACUACAAUUUUUGCUCUUAAUUCUCGCCCAAAUCAACUUCCGAUUCGCUCUCUUUCCUGCGUGUAUCCUCGCCGGAAAAGCGUAGCGGGCCGUCGUCUCUGUUCCUGCUCCCUAAUAAAACACACCUCUCCCAUCUCACAAGUCACACCCACACCCAUAUUCACGUUUGCUCUCUCUCUCUCUCUCUCUCUCUCUCUCUCUCUCUCUCUCUCUCUCUCUCACUCUCAAAAAAGCCGCAAAACAGACCAGACCAGAGAAGGCUUUUUCUUACACAUGUUUAAUCCUCUAAAAUUCCUUUCUGGGUUUCUUUAGUCUUCUUUGUUUUGCAGGUUUUGGUGGCUAGAGAGGAGAAGAUAAUCAGAUGAAUUGUGGGUUUUCAGAUUAAUUUUUGUUCUUGUCUGAGAGGAGAUGUGAAGACAGUGGAGAUUUCUUUUUCUCCUUUUCAAUUCGUCUGAUGAUGGUGGCUGCUUUUUCUGCUAAUGCCUCACCUAACCCACCGAACCCCAAGACCUCCUCUCAACAAGAAGCGACUCAUCAAAACCAAACCAGACCUCCCCUUUUACCUUCCGAAAGAGACAAUGGCGUUGUCGGUCCUCGGAGACCCAAAUCCAGAGAAAUCACUUCUAGGUACAUGUCCCCUUUCACUUCCACCACUUCAACUUCCUCCUCUUCUUUCAGACGGUGUCCAUCUCCUCUUGUUUCGAGACCCACCACUUCGAUGGCAGCUUCGACACCGUUACCCUCUGUGAUCAAACGGUCUCAGUCGGCCGAGAGGAGACGUCCGGUUACUCCUCGACCCACCACGCCGCUACCCGAUUCGAGAACGGGCAAUGCCGCUGAAGUUUCAGUGGCUUCGAAGAUGUUGUUCACUUCUACCCGGAGUUUGUCAGUUUCGUUUCAAGGGGAAUCAUUCUCACUACCGAUUAGUAAGACUAAGGCCACUCCCACACCCAAUUUGAGUAACGCAAGGAAGGCUACGCCGGAAAGGAGAAAGACGACGCUAUUGAGAGGGAAGGUUGAUGGGGCUGGAGCUGGGGGAGGAGAUCAGACGGAGAACUCAAGACCCAUUGAUCAGCAUCGCUGGCCGGGUAGAGCCCGGCAGGUGAAUCCCUUGACAAGAAGUUUGGAUUGCACCGGUGACAAGAAGAAACUCCUUGGAUCUGGCACUGUGGUUCGUGCAUUGCAGCAAUCAAUGAUCGAAGAGGGUAGGAGGGCAUCGUUUGAUGGUAGAUUACAUCGYGAUUCAAACAAUGUCGACUUGGUGAAGACUGUUCAGCUUGCACCGGAAGCCAAUUUGGCAAAUGGAUCAAUACUGCCCUCCGAUCUCACUGCAUCUGAUACCGAGAGUGUCUCCUCUGGCAGCACUUCUGGAGCACAGGAAUGCAACGGGGUUUCUCGAGCUCGGACUGGGCCUCGUGGAAUCAGUGUCCCUGCGAGGUUUUGGCAGGAGACAAACAGCCGAUUGCGGCGUUUGCAAGACCCUAGUUCGCCAUUGUCGACAAAUACUGGCUUAAGGACAACAGCCCCUCCCAAACUCAUUCCAUCUAAGAAAUCACUAAGUGAUAGUCCCAUAUCGUCACCUCGAACAGUCUCAAGUGGCAGUAGCAGGGCAUUGUCAUCACCUCUCCGGGGGCACAUUAGGCCUGCAUCCCCUAGUAAGCUUAUGACGAAUUCAACCUCUUCUCCGUCCAGGGGAAUGCCCAGCCCGUCACGGAUGAGGAAUGUAGCAACUGCCACGUUGAGUGGCCAUUCCAUUAAUACGCCUUCAAUUCUUAGUUUUUCUGUUGAUGUUCGGAGAGGGAAGAUGGGGGAGAACCGGAUUGUUGAUGCACAUCUCUUGAGGCUUCUGUAUAACCGCCAUUUGCAGUGGCGCUUUGUAAAUGCAAGAGCAGAUGCUGCCUUGUUGUUGCAGAGGCUGACUGCAGAGAAACAUUUAUAUAAUGCAUGGGCAACCACUUCAGAAUUGCGUAAUUCAGUCACAGUUAAGAAAAUCAAGCUACAAUUGUUGAGGCAAAACAUGAAACUCACUUCCAUCCUUAAAGGACAAAUGGCUUAUUUGGAAGAGUGGUCUCUUCUGGACAGAGACCACUUCACUUCCUUAUCGGGUGCUAUUGAAGCUCUGAAGGCUAGCACUCUCCGCCUCCCAGUUGUUUGUGGAGCAAAGGCAGAUAUCCAAAAUGUGAAGGAUGCUGUUGGUUCAGCAGUUGAUGUGAUGCAGGCAAUGGCAUCCUCGAUAUGUUCUUUGCUAUCAAAGGUGGAUGAAAUGAAUUCCUUGGUGGCUGAACUGGCAAACGUUACUGCUCAGGAGCGGGCUUUGAUAUCCCAAUGCAAAGAUCUCUUGUGCACGUUAGCCGCCAUGCAGGUGAAGGAUUGUAGCCUGAGAACACAUAUAUUACAACUAAAACGUGUGCCGACGAGCCUGACAACGCAAGUCUAGACUGAUCUUCAUCUGACUCUACUCAAAAUUCUAACAUCACAUUAAAUCUUUGUUUUCUUUUUUCUUUUCUAAGAAAAAAAAAAGCUGUGAGGCAGGCACCGAAGGUGAAACGCAUUGAAUGGUUGGUGACUUGGUUGUGGCAAAAAAGAAGCGGAGAGCCUUAUUUGGCCUCUCUGGUACCAAUGGAGACCGGUUGUAUUGUGUAUUUUUGUACGCACAGGUUACAGGAAAUGAGGAAAUGGCCUUUCCCUUGUAGUAAUUGUAUACAAAUUUCUUUUUCUUUGUUUUUUUUUUCCUUUCAUAGUUGAAAGAAAGGCUCAUGUAAAUAUAUAUAUGUAUGUAUGUAUGUAUGUAUGUAUGAUCCCCAAUUUUCCCCCUUUGUUCACGAGUAUUCUUCACUA